AUUUCCAUCGCCCUUAAACGGAAAAGGAGUAAUUAACUAUCAUAGAUUAAUUACUCAUCAAAAACCAUAAUAUGCCUCUAAGGAUCAAUCCCCUAUCUCUCCUCUUCCUCACACUCCUCAUUGUUUGCUCUUCAUCAUUUGUGGAAAGCUCUAUUCAGCUCGGAAGUGCAAGGAUGCAUGAGAGAUUUAUGCUUUACAAGAGUGAGGAGAACAAAGGGAAGAAGAUCAUGAGCCACAGGAAGUUGAUGUUCCACUCGACAGCGGACUACGACGACGCAGGUCCCAACCCUAAGCACGACCCAAGAAGGAGGCCUGGUGGCAAGCCUUGAAUCAUUCAACUCUUUCUCUCUCUAUAUAUAUAUAUUUAUAUUUAUAUGUGUGUGUAUUAUCAUUAGCACAUGAACUAAUAUCUAUAUAUAUAUAUAUAUAAUAUAUAUGAAUGUAUGUAUGUAUCCUCCUUUUCUGACAUUUUGUUUGAGGAUGAGAUCAUCAGUGUACAAUACCCUUCGGCCUUCGGAAACGCUUCGUGAAAGGAGGACUAGUGACAAGAUAUAUUAUAUCAGUAAUUAAUAUUUAUAAUCUUAUUUUCUUAACAUAUCUAUGUACUUCGUCAUAUCGGAUAUCAAAUAAAGAUUGUUAUGG